AUGGAGCAAACCACGCUCGAAGCCAUUCAGUUCAACGAGGAAAUCCAAGGAAUCAUGGCUCCGGCGCCGGAAACCGCAAGUUCCUUCACCGCGCUGCUCGAGCUCCCGCCGACGCAGGCCGUCGAGCUCCUCCACUCGCCAGAGCGCGCCGGGAAACCGCCGCGCCAUAAUCCGAAACCCUAUCCGUUGACCUCAGUUGCCUCCGCUUCCGCCGCCAACCUGACCUUCCCGUCCAACGCUGCGCUGAUAGAACGCGCCGCUAGGUUUUCCGUCUUCGCCGGAGAGAAUUCCAACUCGAACACGAACUCGAACUCCCCGGAGGUGAAGCGCGAGCUGCCGGAGACCGAUUCCAACCCGAGUUCGACUCAGGGCGGCGGCUCCGCCUCCGAUCCCCCUCUGGAGAACAAGGACGCGAAGGGCUUGAAGAGGAAGGAGCGAGAGAAGAAGGUUAAAGCGUCGUCGAAGAAGAGCAAGAGUGUCGUCGCUGACGAGAGUUCCGGCGACGGCGAGAAGCUUCCGUACGUUCACGUUCGAGUUCGUCGAGGUCAAGCCACUGAUAGCCACAGCUUAGCAGAAAGGGCUAGGAGAGAGAAGAUAAAUGCUCGGAUGAAGCUUUUGCAAGAGCUGGUCCCGGGUUGCAACAAGAUAUCAGGAACAGCAUUGGUUCUGGAUAAAAUCAUCAACCAUGUGCAAUCUCUACAGCAUGAAGUGGAGAUAUUAUCAAUGAAACUGGCAGCAGUAAACCCAGUAAUUGAUUUCAACCUUGACAGCUUAUUGGCUACCGAAGGAGUGUCUCCAGUGGGCUGUAACUUCCCUCCCACAGUUGCACCAGUUGUGUGGCCAGAAACCCCGCAGAAUGGAAACAGACAACAAUAUCAGCAACCGUGGCAAUUCGAUGCUUUCCACCAAUCCAUUUGGGGUAGAGAAGAAGACAACACUAAUUUCAUGACUCCAGAAAACUCACUCUUGAGUUAUGACUCAUCGGCAAAUUCAGUUGAAGAUGGAGCUCUGAAGGCGUACAAAGGUGGUGGCACCAUCACUUUUUGCCGAAGAGCUCGAAAGAGUAGUCCUCUUCUGUACCAACUGAACAAUCCCAGAGAUGGUGAAAUGUACUCUGGUUCGUUGCCACACCUAAGACAAACAGCAUGGCCAUUGCUGAAAGAAGCACACGCCUCUCUCAUUGUCUCCAAUUCAUUGUUGUGCACUGCCACUGCUUCAAAGAUCCUUUCUUUGUAUGCACAGUUUCGUGACCUUGACAGUGUUCUUGGGGUGUUCAGAACAAGGCCAGAGGAUGCACCUCGUACAAUGAUGUGGAACUUGAUCAUGAGGUCCCAUGUCGAUUUGGGUCUGUUCGAUUCAGCUCUCUUUUUGUACAAAAAGAUGAGGCAAAAGGGUGUUCCCCAUGAUGGUUUUACUUUGCCGUUAGUGAACCGAGCCUUGUCAUCCAUGAGGGUUGAUGUUGUGUAUGGGAAAAUGAUCCACUGUGUGGCAACUCAAAUGGGUUUGGAUGGGGAUUUGUAUUUUUGCAAUACCAUGAUUGAUGUUUUAGUGAAAUGUGGGUGCGUUGGUUGUGCUCGCCGAGUGUUUGAUGAAAUGUCACAGAGGGAUGUCGUUUCUUGGACUUUGAUGAUUGCGGGAUAUGGUUCUGAGAGACUUGUUUGUAUGGCCUUUGAUUUGUUUAACAAGAUGAGGAUGGAAUUGGAACCAAACUCGGUCACGCUUAUUGUGAUGUUGCAGGCAUGUUGUGCUUCCAUAAAAUUAAGUGAGGGAACUCAAGUACAUGGGUGUGUACUGAAGAGUGGAUUGCUAAUGGAUUGGUCAGUGAAGAACUCGGUUUUGAGAAUGUAUGGUAGUAAAGGGAGUACAAAAGAAGUGGAACUUUUAUUCGGUGAAGUAACCAUGGAGGAUGUGGUUUCUUGGAAUAUUUUGAUUUCCUUUUACUACUCAGAAGGAGACACAAUAAGAGUGGCAGGUUUGCUCAAAGAAAUACAGAGCCUAGAAGUGCAUUUGUGGAACAUUGAAACUUUAACUCUCGUUAUAUCGGCAUUUGCAAAGUCUGGUAGUCUUUUUGAGGGUGAAGGCAUGCACUGCUUAGUCAUAAAAACUGGGUUUUCUGAUGAUGUUUUGUUGACAUCUCUUCUUGACUUUUAUGCCAAGUGUGGGAAAUUGGAAACAUCAGUUCAACUGUUUAGUGAAAUCCGUUCUAAAAGUAACAUCACUUGGGGUGCUAUGAUGUCAGGUUUCAUUCAGAAUGGCUCUUUUAUGGAGGCUAUAGUUUUAUUCCAACAAAUGCAAGCUGAAGAUCUUUAUAUUGUCCCUGAAAUUUGGAGAAAUCUUCUGGAUGCAUAUGCAAACCUGGGAGCUUUAAAACUGGGCAGAGUAGUGCAUGGUUAUCUUAUAAAGAACUUGUUUAAUGGACCUAUAAAAAAUUCAGCACACCUUGAGACCUCUAUUUUAAACAUGUACUUACGAGGUGGUAGCAUGUCUUCUGCUAAAAAAUGUUUUGAUAUCAUGCCUGUCAAAGAUGUAGUAGCAUGGACAACAAUGAUUGAGGGACUUGGCUCCCAUGGUUUUUGCUUUGACGCUUUGAAGUAUUUUAAUUUAAUGAUUGAGCAAAGAGUGCAGCCAAACUCAGUCACCUUUUUGAGUUUACUCUCCGCGUGUAGCCACUCUGGUCUUGUUAGUGAAGGCUGCAAUAUUUACCAUUCUAUGAAAUGGGGAUGUGGAAUUGAACCUGCUUUGGAUCACCACACUUGCAUUGUGGAUCUUUUUGGUCGAUGCGGGAUGCUUGAAGAGGCCUUAGCCAUAAUAUUGAAAAUGGUAAUUCUACCUGAUAGCAGGAUGUGGAAUGCUCUUCUAGCAGCUUCCAGAGUUUAUGGAAAUAAAAAAUUCGGAGAAUAUGCAGCACAAAGACUUUUGGAACUAGAACCUGACAAUGCUGGAUUUUAUACUCUAUUGAGUAAUGUAAAAGCAAGUGUUGGAAGAUGGGACGAGGUUGAAGAACUGAGGAGAGUCAUGAGUGAAAGGGAUCUUAAGAAGAAACCAGGGUGGAGCUGCAUUGAGGUAACCGGGUUCAUCCACGGAUUUGUUUCUGGUGAUAAAUCACAUCCUGAAGCAGAGGAGAUUUAUGAGGCAUUGGGUAGAUUAAGUAUAGUGACACAGGAUUUAGGGUGA